UUGCGCUGCCGGUGGCUCUGAGCUCAGUCUCAUUCAGCGAGUCGGCGGGCGUUGAGUUUGAGUGCGAAGUGCGGUGCGCGUCGAGUCAGCGAGCGUUGAGCAGCAGCAACAACACGACGGCAACAGCAACACUAGCAGCAGCAGCAACAGCAACAGCAGCAACACCAACGGCAGCAACACAAGCGAGCGGUUCCGGUUCGCGUUUUCGAGUGGCGGCUUACUAAAAAAAAAAACCUCCAAAAAACCGUCGGAAAAACAAGGCCCCUAAAAUGCCUUUAAUUUAAUCCCUUCUGUCUGCUGAUCCUAAAUUUUGGAAGCGUGGCAUGGCAACCACCACAUCCCCCGGCCCCACAAGGACUACCAAUAAAGUUUCUACACCAAGAGCAACAUCUGGAAUUCCUGGGAGCGCUGAAUCCCCCGGCGCAAUCAUGCCCAUGGCCGCCGUGCCAUUGCCGUCGCAUCUGCAACUUUUGGGCAGUUCCGCCGGAGGCGUCGGUCAGCCGUCGGCAAUCACGCCCGUUUCGCCCACGGCAGCACCCACAGUUCUCGCCCAGCCGCACAGCUUGAGCCCCUCCACGCCCAUCCUGACCCAGGGAACGCCCCCUGCCCCUUCGUUGGGUGGCAUCUUCUGCGGAGGCAGUGCAGCGGCGGGACCGGGGGCUGCGGGGGCGGCAGCAGCGGCGGCGGCCACAAACCUCAACGCCUUGGCCUCCCAACAUCGACUGCUGGAGCUAUCCCGCUUUGGACUUAGAGGAUAUGAUCUGGCCCAGCACAUGCUCUCCCAGCAAGGAGCUGUAUCCAAGCUGUUGGGUACCCUACGACCACCGGGUCUAAUUGGCGGCUCCAAGCCCAAGGUGGCGACCCCGACCGUGGUCUCCAAGAUCGAGCAGUACAAGCGCGAGAAUCCGACGAUCUUCGCGUGGGAAAUCCGCGAGCGACUGAUCACCGAAGGUGUUUGCACCAAUGCCACCGCUCCCUCGGUGAGCAGCAUCAAUCGAAUAUUGCGUAAUCGGGCUGCGGAAAGGGCAGCGGCGGAAUUUGCCCGGGCGGCGAGUUACGGCUAUGCCAUCCACCCCACGCACCCGCAUCCGUACACCAGUUUUCCCACUUGGCCGGCGCAUCAUCCUCUGUGGGGCGCCGUGCCCCUGCCCUCCGGUGGAGCUGGUGGGGCACUGCAGCCCGGCGGAAGUGGCAGCAGCUACGGCAGCGAUGGCAACAUGAGCUCAAAUCCCAACAGCAGCAACGGCAACACCACCCAAAGCAACAGCAACAACAACAACAGCGGCAGCGCCUGUGGAGACAGCAGUGCGGGAAGUGGCCGCCUUUCCCUGCCGGCCCUUUCACCGGACUCCGGGAGUCGGGACAGCCGCUCCCCGGACGCGGAUGCCAACCGGAUGAUAGACAUCGAGGGCGAGGACAGUGAGUCGCAGGACAGCGACCAGCCGAAGUUCCGGCGCAACCGCACCACCUUCAGUCCGGAGCAACUGGACGAGCUGGAGAAGGAGUUCGACAAGUCGCACUAUCCGUGUGUGAACACCCGCGAAAAACUGGCUAGCCGAACGGCCUUGAGCGAAGCCAGGGUGCAGGUUUGGUUUUCCAACAGACGAGCGAAAUGGCGACGCCACCAGCGGGUCAACUUGCUCAAGCAGCGCGACUCGCCCUCGACGUCGAGCUCACCCACGCCGGUGGUUGCAGCUCCAGAAUCUGGCCAGCCGAAGCAGCCAUAUCCCUACAGCCACAGCAGCAGCAACAUCAGUCACAGCAGCAACACCUGCAACACCAGCAACAUCUGCAACACCAGCAACAUCAGCAACAUAGGCAACACCUGCAACACCAGCAACAUCAGCAACACCAGCAACACCACCUGCAACAGCAGCAGAAUGAGCGACAACCACGUGGAAGAGCCACCAGUGGUGGAGGCACCUGCCUCACCCACAGCAUCAGCUCCAUUAUCAAUGGGCGGUGAGCACAGUGCCUUCCGAGCCCUCCCCAUGACCUUGCCCCCAGCUUCGGCGGCGGCCUUUGCCCUCAGUUUCGCCCGCCAGUACAUAGCCAAAUAUAUGGGCACGCCUAUCAAUCUGGGCCACCAUCUGGAUGCUAGUGCUGAUCGGGAUCAGCAGGAACAGCAAUCGUCGUCGACGGAGGAAGAGGAGGAGGUAAUUAAUGUGGAACACGACGUCGAGUGACCAUUUUCCUAUCGCUUUAAAUCGAGAAUUUAGUGCAAUUUUUACUACUUAAUUUAUUCAGUUUGUACAUCUAACCGCGUGCUGAGUACAAAUAAAAUCGAAACGAUGACAUGCGUGCGAUAA